AAAACGUUGUCUUCAACAUUGAAUUUAAUCAUUUGAGCAUUUGCCAAUAUAUUGUGUUUACAAACUUUUGUGUAUUAUGUUGGCUCAUAUCAUUUUAAUUAGGUAUUCAAACGAGCAUUGUAUACGAAACUAUGAUUAAUUUUUCGGGAUAUUAAAUAAUGGUGAGAUACUGUGUUAAAUCAUCAAUAUUAAAUGAAAUUAAAAUGCAUGUGUAAGGCGAAACACUAUACGAGUACAUUUUAUUCAGCAGAAAUUUGAAAAGGUGAUGCAGUUUACAUGGAAAGUUGUACAUGGAAACAUUGUACUGUGCAACAAAUAAUCAACGAUAUCAUAUUAUAAUUAACAAUGUCAGCAGCACAAGUGUUCGCUGAAUAACGAAAAUGAUUUAGUAAAAAAUAAGUAAAGCCAAAUUGUAAGGCAUUUAAUACACAUGAACAGAUCUCUAAACUAUAAAAUGAAUAAAACGGUACUUGAAACGCUCAUAUUAGAAACACAUGGACAGUUUCAACACAAUUUAUGUAUAAACAUCGUUCCAGAACCAAUCAAUGCCUACAUUUGUCCAAUUCCUUACGAUCACGACUAUAAUUUACCUAUUUGUAAAGUUGUUAACAAUGAAACAUUACCAGCUCCUGCUAUAACAAUAAAUGAUUCAAAUAUUUUUGAUGUUGACAAUCUGUCGUCAAAAGUUCCCUCUGAAGUUCAAUAUGAAAGUUAUAAGGAUCAUGAUAAAAGGCUGUUGACGUUCCAAAAUUGGGGAGGACGGAAACCAGAUGCAAAGUCUCUAAACCAAGCUGGAUUCUUUUACACUGGCGUUGGAGACACGAUCCGCUGCUUCACGUGUGGCAUUAAUAUUAAAGACUUUGCUGAAGAUAUGAAACCAAUCAAGGAACAUAUUAGACAUUCUGACCAGUGCCCAUAUCUGCUGAUUCUUCUCGGUGAAACUAGGCUUGAAGAAUGUAAGAAACACCUUCGUACCCACGAUAGUGAAUACAAAAAAGAGUCACAAACUCUAGAAACAAAGCAAAAAAUUUGUCAUCCAGAUUACCAAAGUUUGGAAGCUCGAAUGUCUUCAUUUGCGAAUUGGCGUCUAAUAUUGAAUAUUCAGUUAGUUGCCGAUUCUGGAUUUUAUUUUACAGGCUUUGAAGCUGUGGUGCGUUGUUUUGCUUGCGAUGGCCGAUUCCGAAAGUUAAAAUCUGUCGAUGAAAUAUGGUUAGACCACUGCUACUUUUUCCCGACGUGUCCGUAUAUGGAAUCAAGAAUCGGGAAACGUUUCAUCAAGAUAAUUCAGCAAACAGUUAGUGAUAUUACAGCUGAGGAAGAUGAGCAAAACGGGGCUUGUGGAGGGCAAGUCAUGUCUGUUGAACGUGGAACAACUUUCAAAGAGGCAUGUAAGAGAAGUGGUUGUGAUGAAUUAAAUACAAAUGCCUUGCUACAAAAGUUGAUUUCAAAAGGAUAUUCUAAUGGUAUUGGUCCAAUGUUAGAUGUAUUAGAAACUGGAUCAAUCAAAGACUCCCCUCUCCGAUUAAAGCUGGAAGAAAAACUAACUGGUUAUCGUCUGGAUGAAAAUGCAACAUUGAGAAAAAAAGUUUUUUGUAAAAGUGAAAAUUGUAAAGAAAAAAGAAAUUAUUUGAUCCUACCCUACCGUCACGAUUAUUGUAUGACUUGUGUGAAGAAUUACCAGAGGUGCCCUACAUGUAAUGGUCCGAUCAACGAAACAGUUUCAAUAUAUUUAAUUUGAGUCAAAACGAGCAAAAUAAAAUAUUUGUAAACAAAUAUUGCUUGCAUGACUUUGAGAAAUAAAUAUACUGAAACAAAAAAGAAACUUUCACCAAGUUUGAAUGUAGAUAUGUUAGUACAGUUUUCAAUCCUUUUGAAACUCGAUUUUUACGUUGAAUAAACAUAUCGGGCU